AACGAGAACAUGCUACCACCAUUUCUGUCAGCUCUGAGCUAGAUGGUACACAACGAACGGAAAGGGGAAUGAAGUUGGUUUUGUAUGGCUAUCAAUUUGAGCUUGAAAAAUUAGAAGGAAAGAUUGAAAAUGAGGACUAUCGAAAUAAAAAGAUUUUAACAGUGUCCGAGGUGAAUGAUGAGUAG